AACCAUACAGGAGCCUUUUGAGUUGGCUGGAAAAACUGACUUUUGUCUCUGUUGGAGACAGUAUGUUUUAUAUUUAUAUGCUUUAUAGAGUCAGUGUGGCCCAGUAGAAGAGGAGUGGUGGUGUGUCCUUUAUUUACUGGAGGUGAAGUAAACCUGUUCUUCAAGUCCCUGUUGAUCUGUAGCCCUGUUCCCUCAUGCUGUGUGCACUCAAGCAGCAGUCCAGUCUCUCUUCUUCGCAGUGAGAAGCAAAGCAGAGGGAGGUUUUCUUCAUACCGAGUGCAAGGCUCUGCUGUUCCCUUGCAGCUAUUGAAAAAAGAAGCCACCUGCCAACAGGAACCAGCCAUGGCGUUGCGUCCGCGGGCUUCCUCCCAGCCUGGGAAACCUUCCUUCCUCCACAGUCCCAAGGUGGCCUCUGCCCUUCGCCCACGGGCCGUUUCCUCACGCUCGGGCUCCAUGCUGGAAGAGGAGCUGUCCUGUCCCAUCUGCUGUGAGAUCUUCAAGGACCCCGUGGUGCUCAAGUGCAGCCACAGCUUCUGCCGGGCCUGUCUGCAGCAGUUCUGGAACAAGAAGAAGGCCCGGCGCGAGUGUCCCGUCUGCAGGAGGAAGUGCUCCCUGACCGAGCCCACGGUCAGCCUGGCCCUGAAGAACGUGGCUGACACUUUCCUGAGGGAGCAGCAGCGUCAGGCGGCCACGGCGGCGGGCACGGGGGACCAAGCAGCAGCGGAGGCGGAGGUGAAGUGUCUCACACACGGCGAGGUGCUCAAACUCUACUGCCAGGAUGACUCAGAAGUGCUCUGCUGUGUGUGUCACACCUCUAAGAAGCACCAAGGCCACAGUGUGUGUCCACUGGAAGAGGGAGCUCAGGACCUCAAGGGCGAGCUGAAGAAAGAGCUUAUUCCUCUGAAGAAGAGCUUGCGUCACCUGUAUGAAGCCAAGCAGGAGUGUGAUGACACAACUGUGCACAUCAAGAACCAGAGCCAGGCGACAGAGAAGCAGAUCAAAGAGGAGUUUGAGCAGCUGCGUCAGUUCCUCCAGAGGGAGGAGACAGCCAGGCUGGCCGCCCUGCAGGAGGAGGACGAGGAGAAAAAACAACUGGUGAAGAAGAAGUCAGAUGGCAUCACUCGAGAUAUCCUCACCCUCUCUCACGCUAUCAUCGCCAUUGAGAAUGAGAUUGCAUCCAGUGAUGCUCUCUUUCUGCAGAACUAUAACAACACCAAAAAGAGAGCUCAGAUCACACAGAAGGAUCCAGAAAAGUUGUCAGGGGCUCUCAUAAAUGUGGCCAGGCAUGUCAGUUCCCUCAAGUACCAGGUUUGGGAGAAGAUGCUCGAGCUGGUUGAGUACACCCCUGUCACCCUCGAUCCCAACACUGCCUACUCCUGGUUAACCCUGUCCAAAGACCUGACCAGCGUGGCCAACAGCGGCUCUGUCCAGCAGCUCCCAGACAACCCUGAGCGUUUUGGCCACUUCGUGUUUGUGCUGGGCUCCGAGGGCUUCACCUCGGGUCGCCACGCCUGGGAGGUGGAGGUGGGCGACAAGGUGGACUGGAUGCUCGGGGUGGUGAAGGAGUCCAUCAACAGGAAGGGCCGCAUCUCAGGCUGCCCGGAGGGUGGCUUUUGGAUGAUUUCACACUGCGAGGGCGAGUACUCGGCCAUGACGCGGCCCAGCACCCCUCUGGAGCUGGCGGGGGAGCUGACCAGAGUCAGGGUGCAGCUGGACUACGACUCUGGAGAGGUGACCUUCUCCAACCCUGUCAGCAUGACGCCCAUCUACACCUUCCACGACUUCUUCACUGAGAGGAUGUUCCCCUUCUUCUGUCCUGGAGCCAACAUAAAUGGGAAUAACCCCAGCCCUCUGAAGAUCUGCACUGCCAAAGUGGCUGUGUGGAACAGUGCCACCUGGUGAUAUGGAGGUGCCUUACAGUUAAAGGGAUAGUUCACCCAUUUCAAAAAAAAAAAAAUAAUAAUAAUAUUUAACUUACCCCCUUAGUAGUGAUGUUCUUCCCUCAUGAGGGCCCUAAUGCUAACUAUUUGUCAUUUGGUAACUUUCUUUGAAAAUAACCACCUAAAUCCACUUAAACAUGGGUUAACAGCAUAUUGACAAGUGGCAUCCUAAAAGAAAAUGCAUACAUGAUUACCAAGUGCACCAGGAUGAUGAUUCUACGGUGGGUGUAUGUACUGGUGUGUUACACUGCCUUAGAUUAACAUAAAAAUCAAAUGAUCAACACUUUAAAAUGUGCCAGUUAGCCAUGACUGACAAAUUUUCAUCUGGAGUCCCUGCCCACGAGGUU